AAGAUUGGGCCAUUAAAUAUUAUGAAAAUAAUGAAGCUGUUUUUUCAGAUAUAUGUACAAGAUCAGAAGGUAGUGGAGAUAUAGUAUUUAUGUGGAAGGAAAUAAAAAUCAUAGAUAAUAGGGGAAAUGAAACAAUAACAUAUCUUGAGAAUGAUCCAAACAAAAAUCUAUUUGAUGGUGUGAAUCAUCCAAAAAAUAAAAUACUAAGACUUGAUCAUCAG